AAAUAUUGUAAACUGUUGUAAACGAUCAUAGAACAACUUCAUUCAGGACAUUGAUUUUGUUGAAAAGCAAUUGUCAUGGCAUCUGAAAGAUAUAGUUUUUCUUUAACAACAUUCAGUCCAUCAGGUAAACUCGUACAAAUCGAGUAUGCUUUGGCUGCUGUUGCUGCUGGUGCACCAAGUGUUGGUAUAAAAGCAUCAAAUGGAGUUGUACUUGCAACAGAGAAUAAACACAAGUCAAUACUUUAUGAUGAGCAUAGUCUUAAUAAAGUUGAAAUGAUAACCAAACAUAUUGGAUUUGUAUACAGUGGUAUGGGACCAGAUUAUCGUUUAUUGGUUAAACAAGCUAGAAAAAUGGCACAACAAUAUUUUUUGGUUUAUGAUGAACCAAUUCCAACUGCUCAACUUGUACAAAGAGUUGCUAUGUUGAUGCAAGAAUAUACACAAUCUGGAGGUGUCAGACCAUUUGGUGUAUCAUUAUUGAUUGUUGGUUGGGACAAUGGUAAACCAUAUCUAUUUCAAUGUGAUCCAUCUGGUGCUUAUUUCGCUUGGCGUGCAACAGCUAUGGGAAAAAAUUUUAUUAAUGGUAAAACUUUCCUUGAAAAACGUUACAGUGAAGAUCUUGAACUUGAUGAUGCUGUUCAUACAGCAAUUUUAACAUUGAAAGAAGGUUUUGAAGGUCAAAUGACUGCUGAUAAUAUUGAAGUUGGAAUUUGUGAUGCCAAUGGCUUUAGACGACUUGAUCCAUCACAUGUUAAAGAUUAUCUUGCAAAUAUUCCUUAAAUUAUUGAGUCUAUUAUUUUUACAUAACAUGCAAAAAAUAAGCAGAUAUGUUUUUUUUUUUUUUAUAUAUAAUUAAACCGUAAUACAACGGAAAUUUCAAGGUUCAUAUAAAUUUGAAAUAAAUACUUUCUUCACAAUAAUUAUAAA